AUGGUGGCAAUCAGGGCCGUGUUUGGGGGACUACUACCGGCUGCGCUGCUACCGCUACCGUUGGUCGUCGCUGCGUCGGUGCCAUUCACCUUGAAUGGUUACGAUGUGGAUGGUGGGGCAGAUCCCAUUUGCUGGACGUUGCCGCUGUUAAACAUGUCAGACUUUCGCUUCAAAGCAAGUGACUUUAUGAUGCAGCCGUCCUGUCCUGAAGGCACCUCAUUCAGCUUAAGGCCCGUCGACUUGAAUCACAGCGGCGAAUUUGACGAUAAUCAAAUCAUGUACUUUGAAACACCUUACAAAUUCGAGUUGGAUGCAACCGUCCACUUCGAUCACAUUGCGGGAUCCAUUGCUGAGCCAGGACGGGGCAAUGUUGCCUUUGAAGUAGGCGACUACAAUGAUACUUCAGAGGACUACACGACACUCUUUUUUCGUCUUAUCCUUUGUGACACUAGACACGUUGGAUUUUGCAACCCCAUAAACGUUGGUUUCCUGGAUUUGAACAUCUCAGAUUACGCCGUGAUCGAACGGGAUGGAUGGCUGGGCAGUCGAGAUACGACCGAGAACGACCUGAAGGCUGUGCAGAUUGGGAAUCAUCUAUUCACUGCAUGGAUAGAGCUUAAGAUGCAGGAGAUAUCGCCUCGGUUUUUCCAAGUCAGGCAUCAGUUCACCAUCAGGUUGCCAAAAGUCUCCGCCGGGACUUUCUUUGUAAUCGGCCAUUCUCACAUCCACUUGCCUGUUGUCGCUGUGGAAGAGUCUCUGUCCAACUUUUCCGAUGUCGGUGUAGCUGCUGUGGCGGAGCUUUCGGCCUCGCCAAUCUUGGCACUAGCUCAUAAUGAGACCGUCUGGCUUGAAAUAGGCGAUGCAGUUCCCCAGAAUGUGAUCGAAGCAUUGCCAGUGCCGCUGAUCCUGGGAGUAUCAAACGCCAUGAAAAUUGGUAUAGGGUCUGUAUCGGGCGUCUUUGCCUUCAUAUCAUUGCUGCUCUUGGGCUACAUUGUGCAUCAUCGACAACAUAUUGUGAUGAAGCUGGCCCAAUGGCAUUUCUUAUGCUGGUUGGUGGCCUGCUCCAUUUUUGUCUACGUCUUCAUGUUCACGUUCCUUCCAACGAAUGACUGGCACUGUCGAGCUGGGAACUUUCUGGAGUUCGUCCCGCUGACCAUGAUGGCAGCGAUUCUGGUGGGUCGAACGUGGAGGGUGUACGUGACAGUAUCUCAGGCCAUGUCUAUUGGAAGAAGGGCCAGUAAGGCGACGGAGAAAAAAUCCAUGACAUUUUUGAAAAGGUACUUUGUCGGGUUGCUUACCCACAUUGCCCGGUUUCCAUACAAUAUGAUGAAGUCGGAACAGAAGCGGGCCCCAGCAAAGGGUGGCUUUCGACAAAAGGCCACGGCUAUGGAGACGACGAGGCUUAUUCUCUGGCUAUCUUUUCCACAAUUUCUUAUGCAACUUAUUGGCAUGAUUGUCUACGACGAAGGCCUGAACACGAGGGUCGACGCCUCUCAAUCACUUGGAAGGGUGGAAUGUGAUGAGGGGGGACAGUGGAUUAGACGCACUGGAAUUGCCUUGGUUAGUUUAGCCUUCGGUGCUGCUGUCGCGUUGGCGUGGGUAUGCCGGGAUUUACCGUCUGCAUUCAAUGAAAGUCAUGGUGUGUUCCAAGCAGCAACAAUCAACACAAUUGUGACCUUGAUGGCAAUCUCAUUGGAUCAGCUAGCAACCACUGCGAAGACGUCGCCAGACGUCAAUGCCUUUCUUUGGGCUGCAACUUCAUUGAUGGUUGCUUCGACUGCGAACGGAUGUAUUGUAUGGCCAAAGGUAAUGCGUGUCCAAAGUGGCGAGGAGAUCAUCAUCAGCAAUCUUCUUGCGCAAAACAAAGACUCUGAAUCGAGCAAUCCAGUGACGUCGCGUUACGGGGCAGGACUUCCGAACCCUGACGAACCCAACGCCUUGAAAGGCAGCAUUCACCUGGGGAUUAACGAUCCCGUUCCAAAGGAGUUGGAACAGGACAUGCUGACCACAAACGAGCUGAUACUGGAAGUCAGGAAUGAAUUGGUCGAAGGACGGACACCAACUUUGAAGGAGUGGAAGCGGCUAAUCGCCAAGGUCGAGGAUCUCCACGGUGAUCUCGAUCAACUUCAUUUCGAUUGGACCGAGGAAGAUGAGCAAUAG